AUGGUAAAAGAAAUAAACGUAGUCGAGAAAAAUCCAAGUCUUACACAAAAUGAAAAAGAAGAAAUACAUAUUGAUAUUGAAGGAAAUCCUCAAGAUUUAAAUUCUAAUAAAGAAAUUGUAAAAGAUGUAGAUGAUGACGGUGAAGUAAAAGACACAAAUCAAACUAGUAUUCAUAUAGAAAAAGAAUUAAGGGAAAAAUGCGAACAAAAAGUUGAAGGAAAAUGUACUCCAUUUGAAUAUGUUGGUGCAGAAAGAAAACCACCAGCUAUAUGGGUGCAGUAUAAUCAAGCUUAUGGUCAAGGCCAAGGAUAUGGCCAAAUUCCACAGCAGCAAUUUGGUGGUGGUCAACAUUAUGGCGGUGCCCCGAUGGAUUACGAUCCCCAGUCCCGAAAUUAUUUCGUUAAAUUCGUUUUCACCAUAUUGAUGGUGAUGCUAUUAAUAACUGCUGCUAUCGGGAUAUACAUUAACGCUACACCAAGCGUGAAGGAAUAUUAUGAAAUGAACAGUUUAUUAUUGAUGAUUUUUUCAAUAAUUGCUUUGGUUGCAAUGAACUACGUAAUGGCGUGUUCAGCGUGUUCUAGAGUACCACCUUGUAACUUCAUAUCGCUUUUCAUAGUUGUUUUAGCAAUGAGCAAUCUGGUGGGAGCUAUUACUUGUAGAUACAGAACUCACAUUUUGAUAUUUGCACUCUUAGCAACAGUGGUUACAGUAGCAGUUUGUAUUCUCUUAGCUUCCUCUAACUUCGAUUUUACGAAAUGGUACCUCUAUGUUGUGGCAAUAGCGGUCGCGUUCGUUGCUAUAUCUAUGAUGGUAUCUAUAGCUAUGUUAGUUAUGCAAAUUCGAUACAAGCCUUUACAAAUCGUAUUGCUGUUUGUAGCAGGGAUGAUAAAUGUCGUGAUUCUGAUCAUGGAACUGCAAAUGAUAUUAGGCGGUAGAACUAUAGAAAUGGGCGAGGAUGAUUACGCGUUGGCAGCUUAUCUAUUGUAUUCGUCAAUUGUUGAUAUAUUCUUGAAAAUCGUGCAAAUUAUGGGACUAUUUGAUGAGUGA